CCCCAAAAAGGGGGGAGGGCCACGACACAUACCCAGCGAAGCGGACUCAAGCCAUGGCCGCCCGGUGGAAGGCAGCAAAGGUGAAGAUCGAUGCGGUCUACCGUAUGUCCCACAACGGCCAUGUCGUGUUGACCGGCCUGCCGGACGGCGUCGUUACUGUCGACACCCAUGAAGACCUCGAUGCCGGAGAGCUGGAGGACGAGAAGUUCCAAGAGCAGCCCUUCCUCAAACGAGCCUCCACGAAGCACUCGCACAGAGCACCGGAUCCGCGGCCGUUCCUGCCCGCAGCAGUGGCAUCCAUUGUGAUCGGAGUUGCCUCGGUGGUGCCAUACAACAUGGUGAUCCGCGGCGACCCGGGCUCACCUCUCUUCAUCAGCUUCUUUCUGCACUUAGCCAUCAUUUCCCGCAGCCUCCCUCAUGCUGCCACGCUGAUGCGGGAGAGCAGUAUUCCUUGGCGCUACCACGCUGCGAUUGUCCUUUGCGGCUGCGCCUUUGUGAACUUCAAGUCUGAUGCAUACGUCCGUCUUCCGGCCUCGGUGUGCAUGAUGCUGUCGAAUCUGCGCAUGAUGGUCGGCGUUGUGGUUCAGUAUGCAAUCUUCCGGAAGAAAUACUCCUUGUCGCAGCUGUUCGGAGUGUUGGUUGUGACGGCCGGAAUUGCGUGGGCGAGCGACGCCAUGCAGCGAGCACGGGCGGGCAACGCCACGCAGUCGGUGGAGGCAUCCAGCGACUUUAUGGUGGGAUGCGUGGAAGUGCUUAUCUCUUCCGUGUCCCUAGCUUUCAUGAGCGCUGCGAUCAAGAUUGCCUUCGAGAAGUUCGGUGAGAACGUCGAAGAGCAAAUCUUCGUUCAGCACCUUUGUGGGCUCUUUAUCGUAUUCCCAGCGCAAUGGGACAAGGUAGGCCCGCGCGUGCACGAUUGGUUUCAGCGGUCGGAUUGGUGGCUCAUUCUCAACCUGGUGAUGAGUGUGUGCUCCACCUUUGCAGCGCGCAGCGCAGCCGCGCAGAUGGCUGGACGCUCGCCAAGCCUGCUCAUGACGCAACUAGUGCAGACGAUGGAAUGCUUCUUGCAACUCUUAGUGGUGGCCAUGAUGCGGGUGCCGCCGUGGCCUCCAGUUGGCUUUUGGGGCGGCACUGUGGUGCUGAUGCUCGGGACACUGCAAUAUCUUCGAGCUUCUGCGGACUUGCCAAAGACAACUGCAACAACUUCUGAGAAGCAGCAAUAAGCAAGUCUGAAGAUGAGUUGGAUUGCUUCAAAUGUUC